AAUGUACGUCGGCAGAAAAUUUUCAAUGAUGAUAAAUUAUCGGCCCAACUGGACUUUCCUUGAACCUUCCUGUCAGUUGUGGCCAUCCUUCGGCUUAUGUCCUUGGACAGUUACUCGAUUCUCUAUCUCAGCCAAUCCAUACUUACGAUAUCACAAUGCUUUGUGCAAUAUGCAAAGAAUCAUUUAAAAAAGCCCUUCCCAUUCUACAGCAUGGAAUCUCCACGGGCAUAUCUCAUCUUUCCUUACGUAGUUUCAAUAGGUCCGUUAUGGAGGGUUGUUUCGUUUGCCAACAAAUCUGGGCACACAUCGCAUGUCAACCAGAAGAGGAUGAAAAAUGGCUCGAGAAUGCUCUCUCGAACACUGUCUCUAGCGGCCUAGAGGUUGCUCCUAGAGGGGACCGAAUGAUCUACUAUGAAGUACAGGAUUAUGCAGAUAACUUCGGGUACCCGCGGCGUCCUGGCCAAUGCGAGUAUGGCAUGAGUUACUUGCAGGUCUCCGUCGGAUCGAAGACCUUCGAAAACCCCGAAGUACCUCUAUUUGUAUUCUCUCCGGCUCGAAACGACCCUUGUAUACCUGCUGUCACGGCUGAAAGUACUUCAACAGCCGACGCAGAAAAUUUGUGGUGUUACUGGUUUCGUACCUGCCGUGAUUCCCACGACGCUUGCAAAAAGCAGGAACUUGGGCUGGCACGAUUGCCUCCCGAAAGAUUAAUCGAGAUCCUCAAAGUUGGCGACAAGCUCUAUUGGCGACUUACUUUUGGCUCAAAUAUCAAAAACUCAAGCUAUGUGACUUUGAGUCACUGCUGGGGCAACUCUGAUCACAUCCAACUUGAGAAGGACAGCAAGGGGAGCAUCGCUCGUUUCGAGGAGAAACAAAAGGUUUCUGAGCUCCCUCAAACCUACCAGGAUGCUAUGAGGGUAGCAUUGUCGUUAGGCGUCCCAUACAUCUGGAUAGAUUCCUUAUGCAUCAUCCAAAACGACAAAAAAGACUGGGAAAAUCAGUCUUCGCUGAUGGGAGAUAUCUAUCAUAAUGCCUGCUGCAACAUCGCAGCCAGUUGGGGUGCAGAUGGAACGACUGGGUGUUUCAGUACAAGACCAUCCAAUACGAAACCCGAUAUGAGUACCACGUUCUCAGUGCUUCGUGGCGGUGAGCGAGAAGACUAUUCGGUACACAAUCAAGAUGCAUACAGGUCCGACAUUAUGCAUGCCCCGCUUAAUGGACGUGGCUGGGUGGUCCAGGAGAGAUACCUGGCGAGAAGACAGCUAAGCUUCGCUAAAAGCCAAGUCUAUUGGGAAUGUCUAGAGGCUAGCGCAUCUGAAGAUUUCCCUACAGGAAUCCCCAAGCACAUGCAAGAGGCAAACCAAGAGAAGAUGACUUGGGCAAAACCAAGCUUGAACUCUAUAGGAAAGAUUGAACUUCGUUCAAUCUGGUCCAGGCUGAUUGAGUUCUAUUCCGGAUGUGCUCUUAAACACUCAACAGACAAGACCGUCGCCCUGGCCGGACUGGCCAGCGCGAUGAAGACUGUCACUCAGGAUUGCUACCUUGCUGGACUCUGGGAGAAAGAUAUUGAGAGCCAACUGCUUUGGGAAGCCAACAGACAAAGCCAACGUUAUCAUUCCAAUGUACGGGACUACAUUGCUCCGAGUUGGUCAUGGAUGAGUGUGAACGGAUCUGUAGAAUACGACUCCAGGUAUGGUGCCCAGCACACCGACCCAAACUUCUCCUACCACAAGACGUGUACUUUCACAAACUACUUGGACGCCUCUGUCGAAUAUAAAAGUCUUGGCAUGAUGCAUACCAUUCUGUCAGGCACUUUGAAACUACGUGGACUUGCCAUACGGGCUGUCGCUACGCGUGCGGAAAAUCCCAAGGAGAUCAUUCCGCAGUAUAAACUGCGAUUGGUCGAUGAUAUCAAACCUACGAAAAGCUUUUUUACGAGACCUAUUGUAGUCGCUAUUUCAUGGGACGAGAACCUGGUCUCUAAGCAGUUCGAUCCACAAGAGCAGCAGCGACUCGAAAAAGAACAAGCUCAAAGUAAAAAGAAGAAGGGUGAAAUCGAAGAAGAACCGGCCCAACAUUUGCUGUUUAUGUUUGUGUCUCCAUACUACCUAUACAAGGGUCAGGGUUUGGUUUUGAAAAUGUUGCCUGAAAAACAACCUGGAGAAGAAACGUAUUGCAGAUUAGGCGUAUUUAGUACGAGCAGUCUUGAUGGUGAAAAUAGUUUCGACCCUGGGGCUGUAGUCAAAGAGAGACUUGGAGCGAAACAAAUCACUCAAUACCAACAUGGUUGGACAAUACUUGCACAAGAGGAUAUUAACCUUGAAGAUGAAAGGUUGGGGGAUUUAGUACACACUGUCACUAUCAUCUAGUAUUCACAUAACACACAGCUAGUCGUUUGAGUCAGCACUUAUGGUAAUAACACAUGUGUCAUGAGCUUAUCUAUGGAUUGCCAACCUCUAU